AGUGCAACAGGUGCAGAGGAGGUAACCAGUUACUGCAGGGUGACAGGUGUUUUCCCAGACGACUUCAGGUAGAUAUGAAAGAAUCAGAGGAGAUGGAGCUGAACGGCACAGCUCAGGAGAGAGAGGACGACGGGUUUGAGCCUGUAGAGGGAGGAGAGGCCGAGCUGCUUUCCGACAGACAACAAUCCAGUGAAGAUGAGACCAUGGUCCCAGUACUAACCUCCAGAAAAGCCAGCGAACUCCCUGUCAACGAAGUAGCGUGUAUCCUGCAGGCCGACCUGCAGUUGGGUCUGUCCCAGGAGGAGGUGAGCCGGAGGAGGGCGUACCACGGCUGGAACGAGUUCGACAUCAAUGAAGAGGAGCCGCUAUGGAAGAAAUACCUCUUACAGUUCAAAGAUCCUCUCAUCCUGCUGCUGCUGGCGUCGGCCGUCAUCAGCGUUAUCAUGCACCAGUUUGAUGACGCCAUCAGCAUCACUGUGGCCAUCAUCAUCGUAGUGACUGUCGCCUUUGUCCAGGAGUACCGCUCAGAGAAGUCUCUAGAAGAGCUCGGGAAGCUGGUGCCUCCAGAAUGUCACUGUGUCAGGGAGGGGAACCUGGAGCACCUGCUGGCCAGAGAGCUGGUUCCUGGAGACACCGUGUGUCUGACGGUGGGAGAGAGAGUCCCAGCAGACCUCCGCCUCUUCGAGGCCACAGACCUGACUGUGGAUGAGUCCAGUCUGACGGGGGAGACCACCCCCUGCCCCAAAUCCACCACGCACCAGCCGGGAGCCUCCAACGGAGACAUCGCCUCCCGCGCCAACAUCGCCUUCAUGGGGACGUUAGUACGCUGUGGCAAAGCCAAGGGCAUCGUCAUUGGAACCGGAGAGAACUCCGAGUUUGGGGAGGUUUUCAAGAUGAUGCAGGCAGAGGAGUCUCCUAAGACGCCGUUACAGAAGAGCAUGGACCUGCUGGGGAAGCAGCUGUCUCUCUAUUCCUUCGGCAUCAUCGGGGUCAUCAUGUUGGUGGGUUGGCUGCAGGGGAAGAGGAUCCUGGACAUGUUCACCAUCGGAGUGAGUCUGGCGGUAGCUGCCAUCCCAGAGGGUUUACCCAUCGUGGUGACGGUGACGCUGGCGCUCGGUGUGAUGCGCAUGGUGAAGAAGAGAGCCAUCGUCAAGAAGCUGCCCAUCGUAGAAACUCUGGGCUGCUGUAACGUGAUCUGUUCAGACAAGACAGGAACUCUGACCAAGAACGAGAUGACCGUCACUCAGCUGUUCACGUCCGACGGACUCCACGCCGAGGUGACGGGCGUCGGCUACAACAGAGCAGGAGAAGUUUUACUGAACGGAGAGAUCAUCCACGGCUUCGCCUGCCCGUCUGUGAGCAAGAUCGUAGAGGUCGGCUGUGUGUGCAACGACUCGGUGAUCAGGAAUCACAAUCUGCUGGGACGACCGACGGAGGGAGCGCUCAUCGCCCUCGCCAUGAAGAUGGGGCUGGAGGGCCUGCAGCAUGAGUACGUCCGUCUGGAGGAACAACCCUUCACCUCGGAGAAGAAGUGGAUGUCUGUUCGCUGUGUUCACCGCACACAGAAGGAUAAGCCUGGAGUCUUCUUCAUGAAGGGGGCGUAUGAGCAGGUGAUUCGUUUCUGCAGCUGUUAUAACAGCCGGGGAUCGACCCUUCCUGUGACCCAGCAGCAGAGGGAGCUCUACCAGCAGCAGAUCAGCUACAUGGGCAGCGCCGGCCUCAGAGUGCUGGCGUUUGCGUCUGGUGCGGAGAUGGGGAACCUGACCUUCCUGGGUCUGGUGGGCAUCAUCGACCCUCCCAGGGCCGGGGUCAAAAACUCCGUGGGCACGCUCAUCAGCUCAGGCGUCGCCAUCAAGAUGAUCACCGGAGACUCCCAGGAAACAGCUGUGUCUAUAGCCAGUCGUCUGGGUCUGUACUCCAAAGGCUCCCAGUCUCUGUCCGGAGAAGAAGUGGAUCAGCUCGACCUGCAGCAGCUUUCACACAUCGUCCCCAGAGUGUCUGUGUUUUACAGAGCGAGUCCCAGACACAAGCUGAAGAUCGUCAAGUCUCUACAGAACAUCGGCGCCGUGGUGGCCAUGACCGGCGACGGCGUGAACGACGCCGUGGCUCUGAAGGCCGCCGACAUCGGCGUGGCGAUGGGCAAGACCGGCACCGACGUCUGCAAGGAGGCGGCCGACAUGAUCCUGGUGGACGACGACUUCCAGACCAUCAUGUCGGCCAUCGAGGAAGGAAAAGGAAUUUAUAACAACAUCAGGAACUUUGUCCGUUUCCAGCUGAGCACGAGCAUCGCAGCGUUGGCGCUCAUCUCCCUGGCAACGCUCAUGAACUUCCCCAACCCGCUGAACGCCAUGCAGAUCCUGUGGAUCAACAUCAUCAUGGACGGACCCCCGGCUCAGAGUCUGGGGGUGGAGCCUGUGGACCAGGACGUGAUCAGAAAACCUCCUCGUAACGUCAGAGACAGCAUCCUGACCCGCGGCCUGAUCGUCAAGAUCCUGGUGUCGGCCGUCAUCAUCGUCUGUGGGACUCUGUUCGUCUUCUGGAGAGAGUUGCAGGACAACGUGAUCACUCCUCGAGACACCACCAUGACCUUCACCUGCUUCGUCUUUUUCGACAUGUUCAACGCUCUCAGCUCCCGCUCUCAGACUCGUAUGGUCCAUGAAAUGGGUCUGUGCAGUAACAGGACGUUCUGCUUCGCCGUCCUGGCCUCCAUCAUGGGCCAGCUCCUCGUCAUCUACUUCCCUCCUCUGCAGAACGUCUUCCAGACGGAGAGCCUCAGCAUUCUGGACCUGCUGUUCCUGGUGAGCCUCACCUCCUCCGUCUGCGUGGUGUCCGAGCUCAUCAAGAUGGUGGAGAGGUGGAGGGGAGCUGAGAAGACCCCGCCUACUGACGCCUUCCACGAGGUAUGACCCCCCCACCAUCACCCCCCACCCUGUCUGGGCUGAAGGACUCUGAGGUUUGGAAGAAGACGAGGACGACGAGGAGGAUGAAGGUGACGGGGUUUAGGAUCUCGCAUCCGAUGGCACUGACUAAUUAAGACUGCAAGGACUUGUGGGAUUUUCCUGUGAGAUCCUCAGAGGGAGGGGGAGAAACUCUGGUCUGGGACUGGAGGACGCUCCUCAGGGGGAGGGGGGAGGAAGGAGGCGAACUGGACUUAGGUGAAGCCGGGAGGACGUCCUCAGUACGGUUACUACUGAAGCUCGUGGCGUCCGUCCCUUGGAGCUCGCGCCCCCUCCGUGCUCGGCCUCGACGGAAGCUUCUUUUUGGGAGGGGGGAAACCGCCACGGACCGACCACACCUUCCUGCCGAGACCCGGCUCGUUAUUUAGGAUGUACUUUAAGAAAAACCCUCUAAUGAAUCAAAUGCUAGAGACGUGUGCAAUUGUUUGUGUUCUCCUCCUGUCCUCUUUUUUAAUCUGUCAUUAGAAGGUGUUGACCACUGUUCAGCUGCUCGUCAUGGGUGAAUAACGUCUCAACACGCAGGACGACUUGUUUUACUUCCUCUGUAGGUGAGUUUACAGCAGAGGGUGGAGGUGUGACGCUACAGAAAACCCGACACAACAGGCUUCAUUUAAUUCAUUUUAUUUGACUAAAAUUCAAGUUUUCUGUAAAGGUGAAAGCAGCGUGAAGAAACGUGACAGUGCAGCUCAAACAUUCAGUGAAUCUAAAGCUUUAAUUUCAUAGAAAUCUAAACUUUCUACAAGGACCUUUUCAUUCAGCAGAAGAAGCCAAAGGCCCUGACACCUUGACUUUCCUUUAUAAGACUAAUUAACAAUCAACGUUAAAAGUAGAUUUAGUUGUUAUUUAUUGAGACUUGUUGUUUCACAAAACCAGUGAAUCUUUAUGAGAUGAAAAGUUUAGACCUGAGGAUGAUGUUCAGUGAGAAAAAGCUGCAGCUGAUUGAUCAGAUCGAUCAUCAUCAUCAUCAUCAUGUGUGGAUUUGAUCAGUGACCAGGCAACGACUCUGUGUCUGAUGUUAUAAUAAUAAUCAUAAUGUAAUUCAAUUUUUUUUUCAUUUUAACAUCGUAUGGACAUUUCCUGUUAUUCUGACUUCAGAUGUUCUAAAAGGAAAAUCUAGUUUUAAUGAGACGUGCUGACUUUGUGAAAGAACAAGAAAGUACGGAGGCUCAGAGGAGGAAAAAAGAAAAACAAAAAAAAAUGAAGAAAGUUUCUUGGGAUCUUGUAAAACUCUCUCAGUUCAGAUUUUUCAUGACUUUUCAUCAUCACUUUCUUGAGAUCUUGUGAAACUUUUGCAAGAUCUCCAGAAAGUUUCUCAGGAUCUCGCAAAAGUACAUCUUUUGUUUUGUUUUGUCCGCUCUGGGCCUCCAUAAGAAAGUGAAUUGUUUUGAUAAUUAGAAAUGUUUCCUGUAAAAAAUAUGACAAAAAAUCAUCGUAAUGUGAAAAACUUCCUCCUCGUAAUAACUGAGAGAAGAUUUUCAGUCCAAACUGUCCAAUCAGAGAGCUCCCCGUCAGCCCAUGUGACUUUGUGACUUUGCUCAGCCUCUCACAGGUUUCAGACUCGAUGAGAUAAAACUUGACCGACAAAAUAAAACAAGGCUCGAGCUUUUAUUUUAGAGGACGUGUGCGUCUCCUGACCUCACUGUGUCUAACACUACCCAUCCACGCUGAUGCGUUUCACUUUUAAAACUCAUCGCUGUUGCUAUGGUUACGCCUGGCGUCCACACUACUCUCUCCCUUAAACCUGAGACGUUCAGAAACGCUGCUGGACCUGCUUUAGUCUGAACCGGUCCACGUUCACUUCCUCUGGACCACCAGAGGUGGACUCUCAGAUAACGACCUCGGUGCGUUUAGUAGCAGCUGUUUAAUGUAGGAUUUUCUACGACUAAACAACCAACCACAGAGCAGACGAUCUACUUCCUGUUUACACCGGCACGCACAUGCCCAGUGCACGUGACCGGUCAUGUGAUCAGGCAGAGGUCGUUUUCGUUUUAAAAUGAAAACGUAUCAGUGUGAACGGAGCCUAAAUACAUGAUAAAGUUCAGGGGGACUAAAUGUACCGUUACACCUCCACUUCCUGUGCUCGUCUCUCUGAUCCAUUCGUUGCGUUUCAUGCUUCCUCUGCGCACACUGGUUCAUUUAAACCUAAAACACUCGGACACAAACAGCUGCUGUUUGAAAGGUGACGGAGAGAAAAAUAAAAUCCUGACGCUGUGCGUGGAAUCAGGCCUCAGAAACCAACCAGACUCCAACACGACGGUGCCGACGCGGUCGCUUCAGGGUACAAACACUUUAGUAACUGCUCUCUCAUCCUGUGCCUUAGAGAAGUCAUCGGUCGUUUGAAUCGUCUCCACUGUCGUGGAGGAAACAGCCCUUUACUGACGGACAUGGCUUUUCUGUUUCUUCACAUCAUUUUAAAACCAAUCUCCCCCAAAAAACUCAGCCACAGCUUUUAUUUCCUGUUUUUAUUUUCUGAUCAAUCUCUCCCUGCACCUUUCAUCCUUAUAAAGAUGUCAUGGUGCUUUCUGGGAAAUGGAGUUUACUUGGCGCUCUUUGAUUUGUAGAUGUUUUUUAUUUAUUAUUUUCCUUCCGAAAGGCACAUCUGCACAGGCUGAAAACACGACCAGCAGAGAGGAGGGAGAGACCUUCACUCUGCUGCUGUUUCCAGAGUUAAAUCCUCUUUUCUGUCAUAUUGACUGUCGGUGUUUUAACAGAGAUGAUCAUCAGCGUUUUCAGCAUUUUAUUUAAGAUGUGUUUGGAAUAAAAGCUGAUUUAUCUGAUGGAAAAACAACAGCAGAGUCCAGGUGUUCUGUUCCUGAAACAUGAGUGAACACAGAGAGGUUUUAUUUUAAAGCCUGAGUCUUAUUUUGUAGCUUUUCCAUCAUUUCCUGUUUCUGGUCUGAGAUCUGGUCCAGGAGGAAAACUGAGACUCCUUCACAUCUCCUGGUUUUCUGACAGCAAACUGAAUAUUUUUGUGUUUUUGACACAUUUUUCUGACAUUUUAUAAACCAAACGAUUCAUCAAGAACGUGGAGAAUAAUCUUUAACUGCCUAAACCGGAGGUUUGUCUCACCUCCAACUCAUCCUGGUUUUGAGUUUUCGUCUCCACAUGUGAUUAAAAUCUCCAGUCCAGACAUGAGUCCAGACCACAUCGGUCGGCUCUGUCGUGGAUCCAGACGUUCGGACAGUUUGUCUCUGGUCUGAGCUCGUUGUAUAAACUGUUGGUUGUGUUUGUGCCGAGUGUCGGGGCCAAACGUGGCUGGUGUCAGGUCUUUGUCUCUUUACUGCUGAACAGAGUCUCACAAAGCAGAACGGAUCCCCCUCCUGUCCACUACAGAAUCCUGAUCCCUAAAUCCGGUCUGACCUGGACCUGAAACCAUCAACUGAUUAAUCAGUCAGUUAAAUCGUCCUGUUUCAGCUCGGUACACAUUUUAUUUGACACUGAGCUUUGAGAAAGUCUCGUUGACAUUGUUUAAUGUUUUGUGACAUUUUCAUCGACCAAACGAUUCAUUGAUUAAUAAAAAUAAUUGUUGGUUGCGGCCGUCGUCAGACACAAAGCUGUUCUCACCAAGAAUCUCCAACUAACUGAGGCGUUUUAAAGGUGAUAUCUGCGUGAAAUAAUGAUUAUUUCAGUCGUCUCUUCACACAGUUCUCCACACUCGAUAAUCAACAGCUGCAUCAACAUCAUGAGCAUCAACAUUAAUACUUUAACAGGUUUAACUCUCGUCUUAAAUAUCACUGUUUGCUUCAACACUUCCCUUAAACAGCUGCAGCCAACAGUUACUUUCAUCAACAGCUGAAUUAAUCUGUCGAUUAUUCCCUCGAUUAAUCGUUUGUUUUAUAAAAUGUCAGAAAACUUUCACCGUGUUCUUUUUGUUCGACUGAUCCUCCAGAACUUAAUUCAGUUUUCUGUCACAAAGAACAGAAAGUCUGAAGGACUGAGAAGCUGGACGUCAGGAAUGUUUGGAGUUUUUAUGUGAAAACUGACUGAAAUAAUUAAUUGAUUAUUAAAGUAAUUCCAGUUUGUUUUUCAGUUAAUCGAUAAUUGACUUAUUUUUGCAGUUCUAAUUUAAAAGCUCAGAACUUCCUUCAUUAUUCAUUCACUAUUUCCUCAGAUUCUCAGAAACCAAAUCAGUCUGCAGAGCAAAUAGUUCAGUGACAAAAAAAACUCAACAUCUUUGUGUUUUUGAUGUUCAGAUUUUAUUUACUGAACCAACAGAUUAUUAAAGAAAAUAAAUUCCAGACGUGUUGAUUGUUUCAGUCGUAGUUGAGCUUCUCUGUGUUAACUUUAGAACAAAUAAAGAAAAAGUUCAGGUCUUAAAACCAGAACAGGACCAAGACAAGUGAGGACUAGGGACCUGUCGUAGUUUAUAUUGUUCUUCACUGGUGCAAAUUAGGGAUUAAUCAGAUUAUAUCGACCCAGAUGAAUCAGACUCCUGAAGGUCUGGAGCAGACGAGCAGAAGUUUCCCCAGUCGACAGAAUUAAAACCAGUUCCACAGUGAAGAGGAGGCAGUUUAUUAUAAUAUAUUUUAAAAAGUUUGUUUCAAGUCUGUGGGAGAAUAAAUUAUUUUUAAAAAUCUCUUUCUAUUGAAGAUCUUUUGACCUUUUUGUGAUUUUAGUGUCUUUGUUUUUCUGCUUUGUGAAACACUGUUUUUAACGUCUGAAAAACAAAAAUCACUCGUGGCAACAUUGAAGAGGACGGAGCUGCUGCUGUUGUAAAGACCCAACACCAGUCACACUGACUCUGUUUUCACUUUUAUUUAUAAUGUGUGUGUGUGAGGGUGGGUGAGAAUAAAAUGUAAAUUAAAAUUUUCUAAAUCUUUUAAA